AUGUCACCGAAGGCGGAGGAGAAGGUGAUCACUGUGAAGAAAGUGGACGAGCUGAAGCUGAGCACUGCCGUUUACAGGCUAAACUUGCAUUGCAAAGAAUGUGCAAUUACGGUCAAGAGGCCUCUUCUCGCCAGACAAGGUGUCCAUAGUGUCAUUGCUGAUGUCGAGAAGGGAGAGCUGAAGGUCAAAGGGGAAAUCGACGUGAAAGAGAUUCACGAAGUGAUUCGAAGAAUUAGUAAGAGAAAAGUUGAGAUUGUAACGUCGGAAACUGACCGCAAGACCGGCAAUGCAGGCAAAAAGGAGGUAGAAAUUGAAGAAACUAAAGAAAUUUGGAAGACAAUUAUACGCACCACGUCAAUCAAGGUUCACCUACACUGCCACAAAUGCCAGAUUGACCUCAAGAAGAAGUUACUCAAGCAUAAAGGGAUUCACACAGUGAAAAUGGAUAUGAAAGCACAAACAGUGACCAUUCAAGGAACCAUUGAGUCAGAGAAGCUGCUAAGCUACAUGAGGAGAAGAGUGCACAAGCACGCAGAGAUUAUAGUCUCGAAGAAGGUUGAGAAGAAGAAAGUGGAAGCAAAAUGUUGCGACGACGACGAAAAGGAUGUCGUCAAGAUCAAAGUGGACAAGUGCUGUGAUUCUGAUCAGGAGAUCAUUACCACUAAACCUGGCACCAGAUGUGAGACUGAGACGGUUUGCGUGGAGAAUAAAGAUGGAGGCCUAGUAGGCGCCCCUUAUUUCAUUCACUAUGUCUACGCUCCUCAGCUAUUUAGUGACGAAAACCCCAAUGCUUGUUUAAUCAUGUAG